AUGAGGAGUAAUCCAGGUACCACUGUCAAGAUGAAGUUAGACAGUGAGUUCAUUGUCAAUGGAAGGCCUAGGUUUGUAAGGCUUUACAUUUGCUUUGCAGCAUGCAAGGAAGGAUUUAUUAGUGGAUGUAGACCCAUCAUUGGUCUAGAUGGCUGCCACCUGAAAGGUUCUCAAAAGGGAGGGCAACUACUAAGUGUUAUAGGUUUAGAUGGUGAUAAUAGCAUAUUUCCAGUGGCCUUUGCUAUUGUAGAGGGUGAGUUGAAAGAUUCAUGGUGUUGGUUUUUAAAACUUUUGGAUGAUGACUUAAAUUUGUCAAACAACCCUAGUGCUUGGACAAUAAUAUCUGAUAAACAAAAGGGUUUACUUCAAGCUGUUGAGGAGUUGUUUCCAGGUUUGGAACAUAGGUUCUGUGCAAGGCAUAUGCAUGCCAAUUUCCUUAAGGAUGGUUUUACAAGCCAUGCACUAAAAAUGCAAUUCUGGGUAGUUUGUAAGGCUAAUACAGAGGCAGAAUAUCAUGCUAGAAUGGGGGAGCUAAAGACCUUGAAUGUUAAAGCUUUUGAAUGGUUAAGUGCAAGGGAUCCAAAACAUUACUCUAGAGCCUUUUUCAGCACAUUCCCAAAGAGUGAUUUGCUUCUCAAUAACUUGUGUGAAUCUUGGAAUAGUUGCAUAUUAAAUUUCAGGGAUAAGCCAGUUCAAACCAUGUGUGAGAAGAUAAGAAUAUAUCUGAUGACUAGGAUGCAAAAGAAUAGGGACAAAAUGAGGAAUUAUUCAUCCAUGGUGUGUCCAAGAAUUCUGAAAUUGAUUGAGGAAGGCAAAGAUAAGUGUGCUAGAUUCACUGCUUACAAAGCUGUUGAUGAUAUUUAUCAAGUAGAUGAUGACAACUUCAAGCCUUUCAAGGUAGAUUUAAGUAAGAGGGAGUGUAGUUGCAGGAGAUGGGACCUCACUGGCAUCCCUUGUUCACAUGCCAUUGCAGCUAUAAGGAAAAAGGGUGAUCUUCCAGAGCUUUAUGUUCAUCAGUGUUAUUCUGUGGAGCAGUAUUUGAGAGCUUAUGGCCCUGCAAUCUUGCCUAUUAGAGCUGAAGAGUUAUGGCACAAAACAGAGUUGCCCUCUCCAUUGCCACCAAAGUAUAAGGUUCAACAACCACAUUCCCAUGUGCCACAACAACCAGUCUCUGAUCAGGUAGAAGAAAACAAUGAAGUUGUAGGGCAAUUUGAAGAUGUAGUAGUUGAGACACAAGUUCCUGACUUUGUGUUAAAUGAAAUGGAAGAAAUGUCAUCAUAA